AUGAAAACAGAAGAUCCAUUGUUUCUCGAUGUAUUGCUUGGAAAGCUGAGACCCAAUCUAACAUCGGAAAAAUAUUCAGCAUGCGAAAAUUCACAACGCAAACGGUAUCUGAUGGACGGCUAUCGAUGGGUCAGUCGCUGUGGUCCUGAACUCAACUUUCUCAAAGCAGAUUGCACACCGGUAGUGUAUCAAAACCUUGUCAGCCAUAAUCAAAAUGAGCUCUCCUAUGCCGGCACUCUCACAACGCCCUUCAAGCCUGAAAUGUUGCGGGUGGAUACUACAACUGGAUAUGUGUUCCAUCCCUCACCAGGAGUUAGGGCACGUUACGGGAAUUUCUCUCUUUUGAGGUCCUCCCUUGUACUUGAUCAAUUGGGCUCUUCUCUCACGCUGGAUGAGGAAGCCAGUCCUGAUGAGCCGGUGGGAUGGCUAGAUUGGCAAGGCUGUAAAUGGCCCAUAGAACGGCUUCAUUCUACCGAUCUUGGUUGGCCGUCAGAUUUACAUCAGAAAAAAGAAUAG